AUGUCCAACAAAGCGAGGAGGCUGCUGGUUCUUCUGCUGAUCAUCCUGAAGGAAGCUGGACCGACCGCAGCCUGCAGCAGCAGCUGUUUGUCACAAUGUUACUGCAGCCGUGGCAGAGGCCUCACCAGUGUUCCUCAGGACGUGCCUACAACCAUCACUUGGCUUGACUUACGGAGCAACGCCAUCACAAACAUAACUGACAUAUUUGAAGGACUUGGUAACCUAAAGUGGCUUUACCUUAACAGUAAUGACAUCCGCAGAAUCGAGGCAGGCACCUUCAAUGACACAACGCAGCUUAGCGUUCUAGAUCUUAGUGUUAGGAUUGACAACAACCCCUGGCAGUGUGACUGUAGGAUGCUUCCCUUUAGACAGAGGAUGAACGGGUCUUACCCAUUUGAAGACCAGAUGAAAUGUGCCGGACCUGGCAACCUUGCAGGGCAAUUCUUACGAUAUGAAAAUCCUGAAGACCUGAUCUUUGAGUAUGACACCAUAGCAGAAAUCAACCAACAGGAAAGUCCACACCAAAGUGCAGGAAACAUGCAGCAUCUCGGCAGCUAUAGUGAUGUUUAUGAGAUUCAAUCUCCCUCCUUGGGCCCUGAAAAUGGUGCCCAUCCACAAGCAAGACAAGGCCCACAGUCCAACAAAUAUGAGAACAGCCAGGUCAUUGCAGCAGCUGCUAAAGAUGCUGCAGCUGGUCCUCAGGUUAUCAUGAAUGAGGAUGAAUAUGAGUCAGUUGAUAACCAAUCCCAGACAGCAGCUGCCCCUGGUGCUGAUAGUCCAAACCACUAUGAACCCCUGAGGAACCCCAGUGGUCAGCAGCAGCACACCUACACAUCCCUGCUGCCUCGUGAUUCACAACAUCAUUAG